AUGGCUCUCCUAGACUCUAUCGCAACGGACAAACCUCUUCUCUUGCCCCUGCUGGCUCUUGGAGGGCUCCUCUACGCCAUCGCCACUUUGCUCUACCGUCUCUUCUUCUCUCCAUUGGCAAAGAUCCUCGGCCCCUGGCUCACUCGCAUCAGCACUCUCCCCGAAGCCAACGCUCUCAAAGAGAACCGCAGAGCAGCGUGGGUAACCCAACUCUUCAACGAGAACCCUGGCGCCGUAGCAGUCCGCACCGGUCCCAACGCCGUCUCCUUCAACACUCCUGAAGCCGUCAAGGCGAUCUACGGCCACGGCAAGACCGCGGACGGCUUCGGGAAGUCGGGAUGGUACGAUGCUUUCUCCACGACAGGUGACAGUUUGUUCUCCACCAGGUCUACGAAAAGGCAUGCGAUGAAGCGAAGGAUGGUAUCGCAUGGAUUUAGCAUGCAGUCGCUGCAGACGUUCGAGCCGAUCGUGGAUGCUACGCUUGAGAAGUUCAUGGCGAAGAUGGACGAGUUUGCUGAGAAGGGAGAGGCGUUCGAUAUUUACUUCUGGUAUGAGCUGUUUACCAUGGAUCUGUUGGGCGAGCUUGCUCUGGGAAAGGGGUUUGGAGCGCUUGACGGUGGCAAGCCGGUUCGGUAUUCCAGUCUCGUGGAGCAGAGCCAGCGGUUUGCGAACCAUUCUGGUCUGUUGCCUUUCGGGAAAUGGAAUGUCAAGGUCUUGAGUUGGGUGCCGCUGCCAAACAUUCAGAAGCUGUACAAGGCUAGGCUGGAGUAUCUGGAUUACGCGAAGUCUGCCCUCGAGAGACGGUUCCAGGAGAACCGUCAGCAGACGCUUGAGAACGGCAAGGUCAGGCAGGAUAUCAUGCAGAGGUUCAUCGAGGCCCAGGAUCCGGAGACGGGGCAUCGGAUGGACUUCGAUGAGUUGAGGGCUGAGACGUCUUCGCUGAUGGUCGCCGGCGCCUCCACAGGCAGCGUAACGAUGAACUGGAUGACAUACUACCUCUGCAAAAACCCCACCACCAAGUCCCAACUCCUUCGCGAGCUCCAAUCCACAUUCCCCUCCAACCCCAGCGGCCACCACCCCCUCCCCUUCACCACCCUCCGCCACCUCCGCCUCCUCGACCACAUCGAAACCGAAUGUCUCCGCUUGCACCCUCCCAUCGGCUACGCCACUCCCCGCGACACCCCGCGCUCCGGCGCCGUGAUCUGCGGCGUCCACGUCCCCGGGGGCGUAGCCGUCGGCGUCCCCGCCGCUACCCUCGGGCGAAACGCCUCCGUCUACCCCAACCCUGAUGUCUGGGACCCGGAUCGUUGGGAAGGGGGCAAGAACGCGACGGACCUAGGGACGAUGAAGACGAGCUAUCUCGGUUUCGGACACGGGAGUCGGCAUUGCAUUGGCAUCAACGUGGCGAAGCAGUUUAUUCAGAAGAUGAUUGCGCAGUUGGUGUUGCGGUAUGAGGUUGAGCUUGAGGAGGAGGGGCUGAUGUUGAAGGCGAAGGAGUUUACAAUCCAGAAGCCGGAUCGGAGGUAUAAUGUUGUGCUCAAGAGAAGGGGAGAUACAACGUGA